ACGAGGAAGAGAGAGGAAACAAAGUGAUUGCCUGGAGGAGCCGAGUUAAAGGCACAUUGCAAAGAAAUUGCGUUAUUGCCAUGGAGCCGCACGACCUUCCGAACAGCCAGCCUCGUUGGGGAGGGGGGGUUGUUCAGGAUGUCGCAUGCAUGCAGUGGAGACACUCGAAGACGUAACCCAGACUUGCACUUGCCGUGAACCACGGCUUUCCCGAUUCUGCAGGAAUCUGAUCCACCGUGAUUUGACAGUUAAACUUCCGCGGGUAUCAAUCUAUCCCUUCCUUGAGGUCAUCCAGAACAAAGCUGCAAGUUCAAGUGUCACAAUGCCGGGCAACACCGGCAGGAGAACAUCAGGCACUGCCUUGAUUAAGCAUGAUUGUGGCAUUGCUCGUGAUAAGAGUGAUACAUGGCAGUGUAAUUUUGCAUUGGAAGGGGAUUCCUCCGUCGAUUCCAGGAAUGCCCAGCCUUUCCACUUCCUGUUUAAGGUCCGCCUGUGUAACCCUGCCGGUCCCCGGGUGACUUCUGGUUGGCCCGUCACCCUCGUCGGAGAUCCAACGUUACACUGGCUUAUCGAACGGAUGCGACGGGCUGCUCAUCCACUCUAUUACUUACUACUUAUUUACUUGUUCUUACUCGCCAUUGUUUCUGGAUUGGGAUACCUUGCUAUGAUUAAUUAGUUAAAGUUGGCUGCUUAAGCUUCAAAGGAGCUCAAGAACGUUCUCAACAUGACAUAAACCGCUCUCAACAAGACGAGGCAUUUUACACCCCCGAAUCCAUCUCAGGUCGCCAUUGCAUACCGCUCGUCAUCAGUAAUGUGCUCAGAG